GGGGGGGGAGGGGGGAAGCGUGAGCUCAGCGAGACAUUGCAACAUUGAUAUAGCUUAUACCGUGGGAAAGAGCCUCAGACGGGGCUCAGCCUCCCGGCCAUGCGCAGGGACAGCCGCACCGCACCGCCUGCACUGCUCUGCACUGCUCCCUCCCAGCGCAGCGAUGAAGCGACCCUGCGAAGACAGUUCCUCCGACAGCGAGAUCGACGAAACCAUAGACGUGGGGAGCGAAAGUAACUACGGGGGACAGAACAGCAAUUCGAUCAUAAGAUCCGGUUCCCCUUCUACAACUUCGCAAAUUAUGGCCAGGAAGAAGAGGAGAGGAAUCAUUGAGAAAAGGCGUCGAGACCGGAUCAACAACAGUUUGUCAGAGUUGCGUCGGCUGGUUCCCACUGCGUUUGAGAAGCAGGGAUCGGCUAAGUUAGAGAAAGCGGAAAUACUGCAGAUGACAGUGGAUCACUUAAAGAUGCUUCGGGCAACCGGAGGUAAAGGGUUUUUUGAUGCUCACGCCCUGGCCAUGGAUUUCAUGAGCAUCGGCUUCCGCGAGUGCCUGUCGGAGGUGGCCCGGUACCUGAGCUCGGUGGAGGGGCUGGACUCCUCGGACCCGCUGCGGCUCCGCCUGGUCUCCCACCUCAACAGCUGCGCCUGUCAGCGGGAGGCGGCGGUGCUGCCGUCGCCGGUGUCCCACCACCAUCACCACCACCACCACCACCAGCACCAGCAGCGGCACCAGCCGCUCCCGCAGCCGCACCCGCACCCCUUCCCGGCCGCGCUGCUGGCACCCGGCGGCGGCCCCGCGCUCAGCCCUCCCGGCACGGCAGCCGUGCCCGGCGCCGGCAGCGGGGGCGGCAGCCGCAGCGGCAACGGCGGAGCGGCAGCGGGAGGAGGGGGAGCGGGAGGGGGAGGCGGGGGGAAGCCGUACAGACCCUGGGGCACCGAGAUCGGGGCUUUCUGA